AUGAGCAAUGGAAGUUCUAUCAUGGACUUCACCCUUCUGGGGUUCUCUGAAUGGCCCCAACUGGAACGCAUCAUCUCGGUGAUUGUCCUCAUCUUCUAUGUUGUGAUUCUGGUAGGAAACACAAUGAUCAUCCUGGUGUCAAAACUAGAUCCCAAGCUCCACACACCCAUGUACUUCUUCCUCUCCAAUCUGUCCUUCUUGGAUCUCUGUUUUACCAACAGUGUUAUCCCCCAGAUGCUAGUAAAUCUGUGGGGUUCAGAUAAAUCCAUUUCUCAUCUUAGGUGUAUGCUCCAAGCUGUCAUCGCUCUGGACCUGGGCGCCACAGAGUGUCUGCUCUUGGCUGUGAUGGCCUAUGACCGCUAUGCUGCUGUGUGCCAGCCUCUGCACUACACGGUGAUAAUGCACCCUCAGCUCUGCCACAGGAUGGUCAUAAUUUCCUGGUUAGGUGCUUUGGGUGCCUCAUUAUCUAUUUCACUGCUGACAUUCUCAUUGCCAAGAUGUGGGCACCAAGAGGUGGAUAAUUUCUUCUGUGAGAUCCUGGAUCUCAUCAAGACUGCUUGUGUCUAUUCAAAAGUACUUGAGGUAGUUAUCCUUUCUCUCUCAGUGGUAUUUCUUCUGGCACCACUAUCAGCAAUUCUCGUCUCCUAUGGUGUCAUCACUCGCACUGUCAUGAGAAUCAAGUCAGCAACAAGAUGGCAGAAGCUCCUCAACACGUGUGGCUCCCACCUCACCGUGGUGACCCUCUUUUAUGGAGCUCUCAUGUCUAUGUACAUGAAGCCACAGAACAGCUCCACCCAAAAUGAGGGAAAAUUCAUUGCUCUGGUGUACAUGAUACUUAUACCAAGCCUUAACCCACUCAUCUACUCCUUAAGAAACAAAGAUGUAAAGAAUGCAGUCAAGAAAAUCCUGUGUGUCAAAAUCUGGUCAGCAAAAUUAUGA